AUGGAGUACGAAGAAUUUCAAGCCUCGCAGGCGAGCCAGCCGUUCGCCUUCGAGACCCAGGACGACGACGACGACACCCCUCAGCCCUUCAACUUCAUCGACGACCACGAGGAGGACGGCGGCGGGGGCGGCGGUGCCGAUGGCCCGGCCGCGGCGGGCGCAGCGGCGGACGACAUGAUGACGUGCGCGGUCUGCGACGACGGCGGCGGCGCCUCGGCCGCCUCGGUCGGCGCCGGCGCCGGUGACGGCCUCGAGUUUGUGGAGGAGGACGAGCGUGAGGCGCCGGUGCCGUCCGAGCUGCCGGCGUGGGCGUGCAGCUACUGCAACGUGCACACUCCGUCGGCGGUGGUCAAGUGCGUGACGACGGGGCGCUGGUUCUGCAACUACCGUCCGCCCGGGCUGCCCGCCUCGUGCAUCGUCUACCACCUGAUCAAGUCUCGCAACAACGAGGUGACGCUGCACGCAGAGUCUCCGCUCGGAGAGAUCACGCUCGAGUGCUUCCUGACCGGGACGAAGAACGUCUUCUCGCUCGGGUUCGUGCCGGUCAAGGAGGACCUCGUCGUGCUGCUCGCGCGCGACGUCGACGUGAGCGGCAUCGAGGCCGCCUCCGACUCCACCCUCGCCCCGUGGUGCCCCGCCGGAGGCUGCACUGACGCAUCCCGGACGCGUCCCUCGCAGGACGCCUCGGACUGGGACCUGACCAAGUGGCAGCCGCUCGCCUUUGUCCCGUGGCUUGUCAAGCAGCCAACCGACUCGGAGGCGCUGCGCGCACGCCCCUGCUCGGUGGCGCAGAUCUCGCGGCUCGAGGAGCUGUGGAGGACCAACCCGGCCGCGACCUACGCCGACACUCUCAGCGCCGAAGGGGACGCUCUCGACGGCGGCGAGCCGGCGCCCAUCCAGCGCCAGUACGAGGACGCCUACCAGUACCAGUCCAUCAUGGGCCCGCUCGCGCUCAACAAGCGCAGGCUGGCCUACUUCACUCUCCCCUCCAACGAGGCCGAGCUGAGGCUGGUCGGAGGCGGCGGGCCGGCGCCGCCGCCGGCAUGCGACGAGCUGCUCCUCCGCCACCCCGGGGACGCUAGCCACCCGCCCUUCGAGGCGCAGCAGUCAGCGACCGGCACGGUGGUGCGCCUCAACCACGCCAGCGAGGAGGUCGGGCUCGAGCUGCGCUCGGGCGGCGGAGCGCCGACUGACCUCAGCCACGGCUACUCGGUCGACGUCGUGUGGAAGUCGGUUGCGUACGACCGCAUGCAGGCAACCGCUGCCCCACCGCCGGACAUUGCACACCUUUGCAUGCCGGGGGGGACGGCGCUCAAGACCUUCGCCGUCGACGAGACGUCCGUCUCCGGCUACAUCUACCACCGCCUCCUCGGCCACGAGGUCGAGCAGCCGCCGGUACGGACGCCGCUGCCGCGCCGCUUCGGCGCGCCCGGCUUGCCCGAGCUCAACCACAGCCAGGUGCUCGCGGUCAAGACGGUGCUGCAAAAGGCCCUCUCCAUUGUGCAGGGCCCGCCCGGCACCGGCAAGACCGUCACCUCCGCCUCCAUCGUCUACCACCUCUGCAAGCAAAACACGGGCCAGACCCUCGUCUGCGCGCCCUCGAACGUCGCCGUCGACCAGCUCUCGGAGAAGAUCCACAUGACAGGGCUGCGCGUGCUGCGCUUCUGCGCAAAGUCGCGCGAGAGCGCAGACUCGCGCGUCGAGUACCUCACGCUCCACUACCAGGUCCGCCACCUCGACUCGCCUGCCAACGCGGAGCUGCGCAAGCUGCAGGCCCUCAAGGAGGAGCUGGGCGAGCUCUCGCAGGCGGACGAGAAGCGGUUCAACUCGCUCCGCCGCCGCGCCGAGCUCGAGAUCCUCUCGGCGGCAGACGUGGUCUGCUGCACCUGCUCAGCGGCGGGCGACCCGCGCAUCUCGUCGCUCCGCUUCCGGCAGUGCCUCAUCGACGAGGCGACGCAGGCGCCCGAGCCGGAGUGCCUCAUCCCGAUCGUGCUCGGCGCAAAGCAGCUCGUACUCGUCGGCGACCACCAGCAGCUCGGCCCCGUCGUCAUGUGCAAGAAGGCGGCACGCGCCGGCCUCGGCGUCUCGCUCUUCGAGCGGCUCGUCGAGCUGCAGGUGCGGCCGAUCCGGCUGCAGGUCCAGCACCCUGGCGCAGGAGCUGUACGCGCAGGUGGAGGUCGCCUCGGUAGACGCCUUCCAGGGGCGCGAGAAGGACUUCAUCAUCCUCUCGUGCGUCCGCUCGAACCAGUCGCAGGGCAUCGGCUUCCUCUCCGACCCGCGCCGCCUCAACGUCGCCCUCACGCGCGCGCGGUACGGCCUGGUCGUGCUGGGCAACCCAAAGGAGGCGGAGCUUCUCGUGGAGGGCCCGCUCUCCGCACUCCGCCGCUCCAACGUCACCUUUGCGCGCCCUCGCCCCGACCGCCCCUCGGACCGCCUCUUCGCCGGAAACGUCGGCGCCUUCUCCUCGCAAGGCCUCGGGGACGGCACGCCCCUGCCCGGCCUUGGCGGCGGCGGCCGGCGCGGCGGAGGCGGCGGGUACGGCACGCAGGGCUCGUACGGCUACGGCUCUCAGCGCUCCGAGUCGCAGCGCUCCGACCCGUACGGCACGCAGGGCUUCUCGGGCCUCUCGCUCGGGGACGGCUCGCAGGGCAGCGGCUUCGACUCGCAGGGCGGCUACGCGGCGGGCGGGUACGCUGGCUCGGGCUACGGCUCGCAGGCGGGGUACUACUCCGCAGGCGACGAGCGCAGCGUCCACCUCUCCGGCUUCUCGCAGGACUCUGCGUCGGGCGCCUCGUACUCCGGCUUCUCCUCGCAAGGCGACGAGUACCGCUACGACGACGCCUACUCCUACGGCGGCGGCUACGCCUCCCAGGGAGGCUCCCAGAGCCAGGGCGGCGGAGGAGGGAGCGGGUACUCGUCGCAGGCGUCCGGCUACGCGUCGCAGCACGCGUACGCCUCGCAGGGCGCGUCGCAGCCCUCGCAGCCCUAAGAGCGAAAGUAGCGGGAGCUCCGGACCCCACCCCCCCCUCCCUGACGGGCGAGGGGCAGCGGCUGCGAUGCGACAGCGACUGCCCCUGAGGCGCGCGCGCCGCGGCGCGGCGGCCACCCCGGCGGCGCCUCGGGAGGUACAGGCGCGGCUCCGGCGCCCCACGCCCAGCGUGGUGGUCACGAGGGAAGGAGCGGUGGCCUCGUCUCGUGCGUUGGCGGGCGGCGAGGGACGGCGGCGAGGAGGAGAGCCAGGUGGGAGCCGGAUGCGGGCCCCGUGGACGGAGGCGACGGUGGCGAGGCGGCGGCGGCGAGGCGGCGAGGCGGCCUCGCGGAAACGGGCGGCAGAGGCUCGCAGACACACACGCACGCGUUCGCGGGCCGUUGAGGCUGCAGCCGCGUGGCGCCCCUUUUCCAUCCGCGCCAUCGGACAGGCCCCACAUGCGCCCUCCCACUCUCCCACUCCGCUCUAUCUCAAGCCGCGCCCGGGGAUGGAGUAGUAUGAUGUGUGUACUCUGCUGGCGAUGCAAUCCUUGGCCACUUGGGGCCCGCCUGCGUAGUGGUGCGUGCGGUUCCAGGACCCAGCGGGGGGCCGCGUUUGUGAAGCAUUUAAAUUUCUGCACGAAUACGGCUUUAUAGCCAAGGGCAAGGCUUUCAAUCUUC